AUGGCAGUCCCACGAACACGGGUGCUCGCCCUGAUGAAGAAACAAUGCGAAAUCUUCUCGACAACUUUCAACCCCGGCGGCGUACGCAUGGGCAACAAGAUUCUGCGACAGCGACUAAAGGGACCUAGCAUGGCUCAGUACUACCCACAGAGGGGCCCUGUCUUGAAGGAUCUGUUCAAGGAGUUCAAGGGUCUGGAGCUUGAAGGCAUCGACGAAGAGUGGGAAGACUGGCAGGAGCAUCUGGCCGGGCGACAGCAGCGUGGAAAGGCACCGCCAAAGAAGAAGAGGGGACCUCCUCCAGCACCGGGAGGCAAGAAAUAA